AGAAUGCAGCUCGGGUUUCCACAACUUUGUGGUUUCCCUCGCUUGUGAAGAUAACGAUUAUUUCCGACGCAACCCAGAAGUGGAGCUUCAGAGCUCCCCAGAGGCGGGAUGGCGGCUCGGACGGCGCUGCUCUUUCUCCUGGGAGCAGCGGGAGUGGGUCCAGUCCCCUCCCAAGGCUCACGGGGGGAUCGAGAGCCCGUCUACCGUGAUUGCGUGGCUCAUUGCGAGAGGCGCAACUGCUCCGAGGCCGGGCUGCGGCACUUCCGCUCCCGCCAGCCACUCUACAUGAGCCUCACAGGGUGGACCUGCAGAGAUGAUUGCAAAUAUGAAUGUAUGUGGCUGACUGUGGGACUUUAUCUCCAGGAGGGAUCCAAAGUGCCUCAGUUUCAUGGAAAGUGGCCCUUUUCUCGUUUCCUGUUUUUUCAGGAGCCUGCUUCUGCCUUUGCUUCAUUCCUUAAUGGUCUUGCCAAUUUGAUGAUGCUGAACAGAUAUAAAGCCACUGUUCCCCGUUCUUCUCCUAUGUACCAUACCUGCAUUGCCUUUUCUUGGGUGUCUUUAAAUGCCUGGCUCUGGUCCAUGAUUUUUCAUACCCGAGAAACAAAUCUAACUGAGAAAAUGGACUAUUUCUGUGCAUCAGCAGUCAUCCUUUACUCUGUGUACUUGUGUUGUGUCAGAACUUUAGGGCUGAAACGUCCGGCUUUUGCCACUGCCUUUGGGGGUUUCCUGCUCCUUUUCCUGGCCUGCCAUGUUUCCUAUUUGACCCUUGUGCACUUUGAUUAUGGUUACAAUAUGGCUGCCAAUGUGGCAAUUGGCCUUCUCAAUCUCUUCUGGUGGCUGGGUUGGUGUAUGCGGAACCAGCAACGCCUGCCCUAUGUCUGGAAGUGUGUGGCAGUUGUCCUGCUUCUCCAGGCCUUGGCUCUCCUGGAACUCCUGGAUUUCCCACCCCUGUUUUGGGUCUUUGAUGCCCAUGCCAUCUGGCAUAUCAGUACCAUCCCUGUCAAUAUCCUUUUCUACAGUUUCCUUGUCGAUGACAGUCUUUAUCUCCUGAAGGCCAACUCUGAGAUUCUUAAAAGAGACUAAAACUUGUGGCAGAGGGUAACUUUGAAAAAGCCAUGGGCUGCCAUCUAUAAAAGACACCCUGUUGCUUUGAUUUCUAGCAUCUGAGGAGUUUGAUGUUGUGAGCCCACUUUGCUCUGAGGAUUGGUGACAAUUUCCUCUCUACUGCUUCUGUUUUUACAUCUCAAAAACUUCCCUUUCAGAAUUCUGUUGCCAUAGUGUGAUAGCCUGAUUGCCUUUUUUUUUUUUGCUUGAAUGUAUUGAGACAUGCCUCUUGUCUCCCUGAGAUUAUUUUGGGCCCUUUUAUUUGCUUUCCCCAGUUCUUCCUACACUUCUCUGAAGAGAGCAGGGAAAGCUAUAUUUGUUUUACUUGCUUUCUUUUUUCAUUUUUACAAAAGUGGUUCUACUGGGUUUUGGCUGGUCCAAUAGACUGCAUAGAAAGGACUUUCCAAACUGCUUGGGAAAAUGGCAGCAGCAAAUCUGGGAAACCCCUAUCCAUCUUUACGCUGCUGUUGACUUGAAAUCCAAAUUUUCAUACAAGUGGUCUUAUAAUGCUGCUUCACUGAGAAGCUCCCUGUUUUUUCAGCAAGCCAUUGGGAGUUUAGCACUAUGCUCCCUACUUUCUUGUCAGUCAUGAGAAAAGUAGAAAAUGGAUUCUAUAUUGCAGUGACUUUUUUUUUUAAUCAUUCAUAUGUGGUGCUGGGGUCAACUGUCUUCUGUCUCCAAAGCCUUGUGUGUGCAUAUAUAUACCAUCACAGUAAUCCUUAUUCCUUCUUGUCACGGACAUGUUCAGUCACAUCACUUCAUUAUGUAUUAUUAAGUUGCUCCAAAAAUCUUGAGAACACUACCACCACCAGAUUUAUUGUUGGACUGUCAUCAGAAUUAGCUUCCAACUGGAGGAAGAAUUUUUUUGGGAAUUAGUUAAAAAUAUUUUAAUUAAUCUUUUGGGACAUUUUAAUGGCAUAAAUAUUCCUAGCAAGCUGUAAAAACUGUUUGAAAAAUUUCAAGGCAAAGUGCAAGCCAGAUCUGGAGGGGAAAUAAAUAGCAUUUUCCUUCUUCUCCACAUCUGCUCCAAGUUUUUAAAAUAACAAUACAAACUCUGGAGAGUGGGGUGACAGGGUUUUUUUUUUUUUUGUAAUAUAGACAUAUUUGAGAUGAGAUUUACCUUGCCACAAAAUUCCAUCUUGGUCGGUGUUCUAUUUUUCCUGUGAAUCAUUUGUCAUUCGAAGUCCUGGAGGAAGUUUGGUGUCUUAUCUAUCUGCUCUUUUGGGGCUUCUAUGGCUAUGCCCCAUUACUGGACUAGCCAUCUGUAUUCAAAGGCAGGCUGUUCCUAUAAUUUAAAAUUCUUAUCUUUUGGUGUUCAGCCAUUUUAUUUUCUUUAAUUAUGGGAAGGCUUAAAUUAAGGGAUGUCCAUCUGAAGAUGACAAAGUGCCUGGAUAUUUAUGCCAAGAAAUGUUGAUUGUUUGCAGAGACAGAUAACCUCAGGAUUUUGUUGCUCAUUAAAUUUUCUCAUUGCUGAGGCAUUCAAUUCAGCAACACUUACAGCUCUUAAAAGAACUCAUUACAUGUUGAUUAUGAACACUUGAGCAAUUUUCUGCCUGUGGGAAAACUAGAAAAAGUAAUCUGAGGCCAAAGUGCCUUUUGCUUGAAGAGUGCCAAAGGAUUCAGAAAUUGCCUAUGACCGGUGAAAAAUCAAAAUAAAAUGUGGAAUGGAGCAAGAC